AUGCAAAUGAUGACUGUCUAUACCUCUGUGCUGAGGAGCUGGCUCCUUGCUGUGCAUACUUCCUGCUGAGCUCUGCUGCAGGCCUGGCUGCCACCACCCACCGUAGCAGAGAAGUCAGGUGUCCGAAUCUGGAGGGCAGUGUCCUGUGCUGGGCUGGUUAAAGGCGAGGAUCCAGAAGCAGUCACUGAGGUGGCAGGUGGCCUCGCCAUGACAGGUUUCAGUGACUGUGAACUCCUCCUUGGAGCUGGACAAGGGCUCAGUUUCUCCUGAAUUUGGUAAGUCCUGUAAGGGCAGGGGCCACACCUGAGUGUGGAUCUGUUAGUGGAGUGGAGUGGGUCUGGAUGCCAGAGAUGCCAGUAGCAGUGCCCAUUUUGGGAAGUAAACACACAAUAAGUAGUGCCAUUCCAGACCAUCCUUCCUCAAUGCACAGAUCCUAGGGCUCCUUCCCAGGAACUCCACAGAUGAAUCUGUAGAGGUUCUGUAGGCUGGAGGGAGAAGGGCCCUCCAGCUGUGCUGCUGAUGCUUGGUAGAAACUACAUGCCUGGCUGGACCCCGCUUGCCUCAGCUGUAAAACUUAGGGCUGGACUUCAGCACCUCUUGCCUUUAGGGCACCCUGCAGAGACUUGUCCUUCACGUAUGAUAAUGCAUAAAUAUGUUUAGGAAAUGUACAUGUCAUAAAACCAUGACUCACUCUGUAUAACUUAAACCCAACACCCACAUGAAGAAACAGAAUUCAACCAGCACUUUGGCAGUCACCUUUCCUGCUUCUUGCCAGGAAUUCUCAGGGAGGACCAUAAGCUUGAUCAUUAGUAUUUGUAGUUACACCUGGUUAGUUGGUUUUUAAACUUUAUGUAACUUAAAUCAUUCAAUAUGAACUCUUUGGCGGGGAGUUGCAAUUCUUUUCCCAGGAUUAUUUUGGGGGCACAUUAUAGCAUGUAGUGUGUAUUUUAUUUUCAUGUCUCCAUGCUAUUCUGUCCACCAUCACAUUUUAAAAAAACAUAUAGAAACUUUGUGAAUAUUGUUCAGUGCCUGGAUCAGAUAGGACAUGUGAGUGAACACCCCUAAUAGCUUUACUUUUGCUUAAGAUGGUAGCCACUUGCCAGUGUUCUAACCCUGGUUUUCCCUGUGUUUAAAAAACUAGGAGGUAAAGAACUACUACUCAAUGCAUAUCAGCUUUAAAGUAAAAACAAACAAACAAACAAAAAAGAAAUCUUCAAAACAGAAUCACAAAGAACAAGUGACCAAAGCUGUGACACUGUGAGUUAAGCAGUUGGGGUGCUGGCAUCCAAUACAGCAAUGUUGGCUCAUGUUGACGCUGCCCUUUCAGAUGAGCUGUGUGCCAACGUGCUGGAGAAGCAACAAAUGAUGGUUGAAGCACUUGAAUCCUGGCCACCCAUGUGUGAAGAUCUGGAUGGAAUUUCUGGCUCCUGAUUUUGGCCUCCCAGGAGCCUUGGAGUAACGCAGGAACUUCCUCAGUGUCUCUUACACCAUGCAUGAUGCAGCCAGGGCAGGAGCGCAGGGCCUGGGUGCCCAGCCCAGGGCUUUGUGUGAAAGGCACCAGCCUUUUGUGCUUUGAUUGGCACAGGGAGCAGCAGAGGAUGCAAUGGACAGAAUGACUGAGAACAUGAAGGAGUUCUUGGCCCAGACCAAGGCUGCCAUGGGGGACACGGUGACGGUGGUGAAGACCGAGGCCUAUUCUCCACUGCACGACCAGGACUAUGGCCAGCCCUGCUCCAGGAGACCCGAUGCCUCCGUCAUGGAAGUUGAGCCCAAGAAGCUGAAGGGGAAGCGUGACCUCAUCGUGCCCAAAAGCUACCAGCAGGUGGACUUCUGGUUCUGCGAGUCCUGCCAGGAGUACUUCGUGGACGAGUGCCCGAACCACGGCCCCCCUGUGUUUGUGUCCGACACACCGGUGCCCAUGGGCAUUGCGGAUCGGGCGGCCCUCACCAUCCCACAGGGCAUGGAGGUGGUCAAGGAGGCCAGUGGCGAGAGCGACGUGCGUUGUCUCAGUGACGUCAUCCCCAAAGGCCGCAUCUUCGGCCCUUACGAGGGGCAGAUCUCCACACAGGACAAGUCGGCCGGCUUCUUCUCGUGGCUGAUUGUGGACAAGAACAACCGCUAUAAGUCCAUCGACGGGUCGGAUGAGACAAAAGCCAAUUGGAUGAGGAACGUGGCGCCCCUGGCCGAGCGCAAGAGGAAGCCCAAAUUCUCCAAGGAGGAGCUGGACAUUCUAGUCACCGAGGUGACCCGCCACGAAGCGGUUCUCUUUGGGAGGGAGACCAUGCGGCUGUCCCAUGCCGACAGGGACAAGAUCUGGGAAGGCAUAGCCCGGAAGGUCACCUCCGUCAGCCAGGUCCCCCGCUCCGUCAAGGAUAUUAAGCACAGAUGGGAUGACAUGAAGCGGAGGACCAAGGACAAGCUGGCGCUCAUGCGGCAGUCCCUGUCAGGCCCCGGGCCAGGCGGCCGGGCCCCCACCAUCGUGCUCACUGCCCAUGAGAGGGUCAUCGAAUCAGCGCUGCUCACAUCCCGGGCUGGGCAUGGCUUCACCAGGGCAGAGCUGGACGUCGCCGACAGCCCAUCCACGAGCUAUGACGAAGAGGACGAGGCACCAGGGCCCUCGCGGCAGCCCCUACAGCAGUCACUGCAGGAAGAGGCUCACCUGGCCAGGCCUGCCCUGCUCUGCUCCUCCUCCUCCUCAGACCAAUCUGAGUCGGUGGGCCCCAAGCCCGAGGCUGUGCCCCGGUCCUCACCCCAGGCCACGUGCAGGACCCCCCGGCCGCACCCCAGCCCACCCACCACAGGCCUUGACUGGCAGCUCCUCCACAUGCACACGCAGCAGACUGAGGUCUUCCAGCAGUUCUGCCAGGAGCUGGUGACCGUGCACCAGGACAUGGCCCGCAGCAUGCAUGUCCUUGGCCAGGCCAUGGCCGAGCUGAGCAGCCGUGUCAGUCAGAUGUGCCAGACGCUAGCUGAGAUCCGAGAUGGCAUUCAGGCAUCGCAACGGGCACCGGAUGGGGCAGCCCCCACGGGCUGUACCCUCCAAGCCCAGGCACCCCCACUGGAGCCCCCACAGGCAUUCCCGAUACCAGCCCCAGCUCGGACUACCAGAUCGCGGAAGAGAAAGCACAAUUUCUAACCUGGCUGGUCUGCAUUAGGAUGAAGAUGGUUGCAAGAGUGGGAGCCAGCUUCUAUGUCCAGGAGCGGGACCGGAAGGAGAAGGACAUGGGGGGCCAGUCAUCUCCUCGGAAGAUGCAGCCGGCUGCCCUGGGCUCCCAGCACACCGUGCUCCCCUCUCCCUUGGCAGGAGCUCCCAAUGCAAGCAGAGCUGCCUGCUUGAUGCUUGCUUGGCCUGGAAAUUCAGCCUCCCACGGUCUGUAGCCCGAGGGAGCAGGCAGGUGGGACAGUGGCGGGAGGAUGUGCCAAUAGAGCCCUGCUUCUUAUGGCAGGGACAAGGCACAGGCAAAGGGCGAGCUCAGACUUUGCCGGAGGGACUUUUCUCCCCUCCCCCAAGGCUUGGAGGCCUCCCCUGGGUGGCGCACCCAUGGCUUGCGCUCCUCCUGCGUAUGCUCUGCUUGCUGUGCUUGUGGGGGAAAGCCAGAAGGAGGGCAGCACGCGGAGGAAGCCGUUUCUUUCCCUCCGAGCAUCGGUGCUGUACUGGGCGGAUACGUGAUCUGAGUGGAUCUUCAGGACCACCAGUGAGGCAGUCAGAUGGGGCGUGAUUGGGAUCACUAAUGUUGUCAUCGUUUGCAUUCCUUAAGUGUCCAGUGGCACAGCCAGUUAGCCAUGGGGCCAAGACAGUGGAGUUGUCCAGCUCCCUCGUCAGAGACCAGAUGAUAGAGUGGCAGGAAGGAGGGGUGUUGUUCCUUGUCUGGCCCCUGCCUCAGCUGUCUCAGGUGGAAAUGCAAGGCAAUAGCAGAAGCCCUUAGCAGGUGACUCUAGUCUUUCACACUGGCCUGAAGGCUCCUGGCCAGUGGCUGGGGAAAGGCCAGCACUCAGGUCUUGGGAAACAGAAAGGCAUCCUCUCCUCUGGCUUUGGAAAGAACCCAGUGCGCAGCAGGGCUUGUGUCCUGUUCUGGGUUCCAGCAUGCCUUGCCUCCGCUUGCUUGGGCUGCAUCCGCACUGGCGACACACAUAUGUACCUCUAGCUUCAGGCUUCGUUUCAGGGGAUGAGGACAGGACUGGGCUAUUAGCAUUAGGGAGGGAGAUUCCAGAAAGCAGGUGCGAGCUUAGCUGUGACCUCUUGGCUUGCCAGGCGGAGGCUGACCCCAGCAGAACUUCCUCUUCUCAUCUUGCCCUCCCGCAUCUGUGGCAAGGGCUAGAGACCUGCUGUGGGCGGACCUGCUGAGCUGCUCAUGAGCCUGGCCAAGCUUUGUGCUCCAUAGCGGGUACCACAGGCCACCGCAACAUCCUGAUGCCUCUGGCUUCCUGUCCUGGAUUGUGUGCUUCUUUGGUUGGGGUGGGGGGGCCUUUCCUGCUCCCCCAGUCUGAACACUGUCUUGUUCAGUAGCCUGAGGGCUUGAUUCUUGCCCAGAACUAACCCCUCUUCCUCUGCUGGAAUCCAAGAUUACCUUCCUAAGUAAUUUUUUUUUUUCCCUUUUUGUGAAGAUGGCAAUAAAAAGAACUCAAGUCUCACACUUUGAACACA